AUGGUUUGGGAUUUUCCUUUCCAGAGGUAAAAGGGCCCCGCUUUUACAAUUAGCUAUGUCGUGUUAAGUGAACUUACCCCUUUUGAUCUGUUUUGAGGUAUCGCCUUAAAAACGACGAUACCUCAAAACGCCGACGCGGUAGAGAACAAAGCCCGAGAAACUCACGCCUGUCUCCCGCAGGUAUUGGAACAGAAAGCUGGACGCGAACCCGCGGCGGAGAGGUGAGGCUGAGCGGACCGCAGCUCCACACAGGCAAAGCACGGGAAGCUGUGCUCAGCCCGCUAAGCCAACCGCGCCGGCAAGCGCCACAGCCGCUUCCAACCCCUUUCAAUGCGCAUUGCGCACAAAUAAACACGAAUGAAAAGAAAGGGACCGCUUAUUGAUAAUAGUGAUAAUAAUAAUAUUGAUAAUAGCUUCAAACAGCGCAGCGCUGUCUUUGAUCCUGUCUGCUCUUCAGGUAAAGGGAGCCCGCAAGCCGCUCCCGGUCCCGGUGUUUCUCUCUCGCUGCUUGAAGCCGCUUUGAAGUCGGGCUUCACUCGUUUGAAGCGCUGCAGGGAUCAGAUAAAAAGCGGCCCCCGGUCUGGAGACGCCAGUCCGACGAGGAGCACAGCCUGGGAGAGGAAGAAAUAAACCGGGGGAAAGAAAAACCGAGAAAAAGGUGAACGAGUCUGUCUUUAUCAUCUCUAAAUACCGUCCUGCCUUCCUCCAACCGGCCUCGGAAGAAAACCUGCAGCAAAGAGAGAAUCUGAUCUACAUGAACUAGAACACGGCUUUAAAAACAGAUAAUAAUAAUAAUAAUAAUACAAUAACACGGACAGCUGCAACAUUUCAAAUGAAACAGAGUUGGGUUUUUCAAACCGUUAAAACAACAACAAAUAAAAUAAAACGAGAAUAAACGCUGCUUCCAGAAUUAAACUAAAAGGGUUUUUGUUUGUUUUUUUAUCUGCCGACCGAAGGAAGUGGCCCCUCCUGUCCAACAGGAAGCGAUGUCAGGGACGGUGUGCAGCAGCGGCGCGGUGACGCAGGCACAGAGAGCCGUGGAGCAGCUGAGACUGGAGGCAGCGACAGAGAGGAUCAAGAUCUCCAAAGCGGCCACAGAGCUGAUGCUGUACUGUCAGGAGAACUGCAGGCAGGACCCCCUUCUCAGCGGAGUGCCUGCUUCAGCAAACCCCUUCAAAGACAAGAAAACCUGCAUCCUGUUGUAACCACACCCCCGGGGAGUCAAUCACGAGCCCCGCCCCCUCCCCACACAGCAGUGACUGGCUGGAUCUGUAACCACACCCCCAGGGAGUCAAUCACGAGCCCCACCCCCUCCCCACACAGCAGUGACUGGCUGGAUCUGUAACCACACCCCCAGGGAGUCAAUCACGAGCCCCGCCCCCUCCCCACCCAACAGUGACUGGCUGGAUCUGUAACCACACCCCCAGGGAGUCAAUCACGAGCCCCACCCCCUCCCCGCAGUGACUGGCUGGAUCUGUAACCACACCCCCGGGCCUAAAUCUAAAUUAAGUUCAGAGUUUGUAUUUUUAUUAUUAUG